AUGGCGUCGCAACUCCUGCCCCUAGAAUUGAUCGACAAGUGCGUCGGCUCGAGGAUCUGGAUCGUCAUGAAAGGCGACAAAGAAUUCGCCGGUACAUUGAUCGGGUUCGACGACUAUGUCAACAUGGUUCUCGAGGACGUGAUUGAAUUUGACUACACCGGGGCUCAAACACGGCUGCCCAAGAUCCUACUGAACGGGAAUAACAUCUGCAUGUUAGUCCCGGGCGGCGAAGGCCCCGUCCCCGCAACGGCAUCAUGA